UAGUAACCUUUCUUCAGCCAGUCUUCAGCCAAUCAGCGUGCGCUCCGGGCCAUGACGUCAUUUUCCCGCGGACCCGCUCCUUCCAUGCCAAGCUAUCUCUCCAUUCAUUUUCAAUACGAAUUUUGGCUCUAUAUCUGCUUGGAGAACAGUUCAAAGGUCAAAAUACGUCAUAUCCGCCUUCUAGAACCCUGGUGGAAGCAAGGGGAAGGGGCUAAAGCCAUUUUUGAUCAGCGAAAAACCACGCGAAUCCACACUUUCUGGCCGGAAUGGCGGCCGAAUCGUCGGGUGACGAAAUGGACCAACACUGCCACCAACUACAAAGUAGAUGCAGGCUGUGUGGGAGUGAUAACAAUACUCAAAAAACAUGCAGCACAUCAUACAGAGCAGAGUUUCUGAACCUCUUUGGGAUUGAUCUAUCUGCUGACAUAUCCAAUGUCCACCCACAAUCAGUUUGUCACAAUUGCAGAUGUACCUUUGAUAGAUACAAGAAUCACCCCAAUAAAGAGUUGUAUUGCCCUACUGUAAAACCGUACACCUUCAAACAGCACAGCGACUCCUGCACAAUCUGCUAUGGUCAAACUACAGGUGACCAUAGCUAUCACACAAAACAAAAGCGUGGCAGAAAACGGAAGAAGACUAGGCCAGCUGGCCCGGGGCGAGGCAAGAAAAAGGAAAAGGGGAGAGACAUGGAAGGAACUGCAUUAAAUGCUAGUCAGACAAGCACACAGACAAACACAACUGUUCAGACAUGUCAGGCGGAGAUGGGCACAGUAAAGUCGGGUGGAACAAGUACUCAGGAGAACAGAACUGUUCAGGCGGAGAUGGGCACAGUAAACUCGGGUGGAACAUGUACUCAGGAGAACAGAACUGUUCAGGCGGAGAUGGGCACAGUAAACUCCGGUGGAACAUGUACUCAGGAGAACAGAACUGUUCAGGCGGAGAUGGGCACAGUAAACUCGGGUGGAACAUGUACUCAGGAGAACAGAACUGUUCAGGCGGAGAUGGGCACAGUAAACUCGGGUGGAACAUGUACUCAGGAGAACAGAACUGUUCAGGCGGAGAUGGGCACAGUAAACUCGGGUGGAACAUGUACUCAGGAGAACAGAACUGUUCAGGCGGAGAUGGGCACAAUAAACUCGGGUGGAACAUGUACUCAGGAGAACAGAACUGUUCAGGCGGAGAUGGGCACAGUAAACUCGGGUGGAACAUGUACUCAGGAGAACAGAACUGUUCAGGCGGAGAUGGGCACAGUAAACUCGGGUGGAACAUGUACUCAGGCGAACAGAACUGUUCAGAUGGAUAUGGGCACACAGACAGAUGAAAGUGUCUGUGGGUAUAUUAUUGAUGGCAACAAACCUAAUGUUUCUGACAUGCCACUAACAGUGCUGUGCAAAGUCGUGAAGGCUGCAGCACAAGGUCAGAGGCAAUCCAUACUAGAAGACAGCAAAACAAUCUCCGAGCUACACAAAGAGCCACAGACAUUAUCAGACUUAGAUCCCAAAACAUACUAUUCAAACCGUAAUUGUGUCUGCACAAGUUUUGUAGAUGGACUAGCAGACAAGAAGACAUCCACAGCAUCAAAGGUGAUGACAUUAGAGCAAAUAUAUCAUAUAGUCUCUCCCGUUCUUGUAGCACCCUUCACCUUUACCCGCAACUUGCUAUGUUAUGUUGCCACCAACAGCAAGCUUGUAGUAAACAUGCUUGGCAAAAUCUCAUCCGGUGGGAUGAUAGACACUGUAAAAUCAUACCUUGACACUAUAGCUGUUAAUCCUUUGCCUUUUCCAAAUGGUGAUUGCGAGGUGGCCAUUGACAAUGACCAAAAGUUGAAAAAACAGUGGUCAGUGAGGGCUAAAGGAAAAAUGACAUGCAGUGUGGUGACAAGUGUAUGUCAGGUGGAGCAUGGGCCUGAGAUGGACAUGCAAGGUCGUGAUGACUUGUCUCCAGCGUCAUGGGGCAAGUACAUUGAGGAGGCUCAGAAAGACAAAAACGUUGCAGCAAGGUUGGAAGCCAGCCUCAGUCCUUCGGAAAGAACCAACAAGGUGCAUCUUGCCGAGGUCAGGAAAUUUCUUCACCAGAGGCUGGGAAAAGUGGCAAAUGAACAAGUGCUGCAAGGUGACCACUAUGAGGACUAUGUAGAUGCCCGUGUGGCAGACAUGGAGAAGAAGAAAGAGUUUAAGAACUGUGCUGCAUGUGGAUUGGAAUUGGCCAAGACCAAGCGCAUUUGUGCUAAUCCACGGUGCCUAGCCAAUCUAAAAGAAGCAGAAGAAGCUGCCGCUGGGAAGGAUCUGUUCGGGACAAUGAUUCUUGCACCUGUGAAGAGAUACACUUAUAGACAAAAAGAGACGGAGGUAGAUUUCGUCAUAGAUAAUGAGCAUACAGUCUCGGUAAAGAAGGACACAACAGUUGUUUCCCGUGAAGAACAUGAAGACAUUCCAUCAAGCCAUCCACACAUUCCACCUCCCAUCACAAUGUCAGACCCGGUCUUUGUUAAUCCAAAUUCUGCUUCAGCCAUGAGGAAAGUCCUCCGCCAUGUUGGCAAGACAGCUAACAUUGCCCGUUACCAUGACAACAGCCCUUGCACAAGAAAGUGGCUUGUUGUAGCCAUGGAUGGACUACCCUUAGGCAUAACGAGAAACAUUAUUAACAACACAAUGUACUGUUCUUCCUGCAAGGUGUCCUUUGAGUCUCUCCAGCUGUUCAAAACCCACGUAGAAGAAACCCAUGAAGGUGAAACUAUCCCUGAAGUAAGGGAGUUUGACUGGGUGAUUCUACGUGUGGGAAAGCUCCAUCUGGAAAUGAAUGCGCUGAAAGCAUUUGUGGACUUGAACUGGGAUGUCUGGUUUGCAGCCCUGGCAGAGGAGAUGGGCUUCAAGUCCGAGGGUGCCCAGCGGGUUGCCAAAAGCUGUGCCGACCACCACAAAAGCAUGGAGCUUUUGCAGAUCGCUAUUAAGGGUACAACAGAUGAGCUGCUACUUCCAUAUGUGAGGGAGAAGCUAAAGAGUGGAGAGCAACAGUCCAUGUCUGCAGAUGACUUCUUGUUCCGCUGGUGUCCCAAGUUAGAAAGUAAGAACUUCAUGUUCCUGCAGCAACAAAUUAAUCUCUAUGCUUUGGCCAUCAGAAAUUUCCAUGUUGGGACAAGACGCAACAACACGGAGUACAUCCAGGCAGGUGUUGAACUCUUUUCACCCCUUUUCAGCGGUAGAAACCACCCGAAGUAUCAACUAAUCGACAUGUACGACUCCAUGGAAAGAGCAACGUACCCUGAAGACUUGAAAGUCUUCAUGGAGCGAACAGAAUCAGUCACCAAUGUAAACAACUCCCUUGGAGAAGGCAUGGACGCCAAGCUGGAAGAGAAAAACAAAGCUUCAAAGGCCUGGCAUAAAGGUGCACCACUUGCAGAAGACUGGGUUCGUGUGUUCAGAAACUUGGAUGUGUUACAAAAGCUGAGAGCUCGGUUCUUUGAGGUCAUCGGUGUCCCGGAAUCCGCAUCAUCAGAGGGAUGUAACCGGUACAACCAGGAGCCAGAAGUGGAUGUCUGGCGGGCGAGACUUCGUGCAGAAGAGUACCUGUCCAACCCGUAUGAUGAUCAAUCACCUCACACCUCGAUCACCGGUAUACCACUUACAGAAGAUCUGAUCAAAUUCGAAAAGAAAGCUCGUGAAAACAAAAUGUUGGUUUUCAAUGAAGUUGUACUAAAAGGAAAGCCACGAUCAGAUGUCAGGCAGACCAUUGUACAUGUAACUGAAGAUGAGAAGUGUAAGGCAGAAGACAUCACCAAACAGCCAAAAAAGAUCAUUAUAGAGAGAACCAAAAAGCUACUAGAAGAGUUUGUGGUUGAAGAUGUCCAAUCCUACUAUCUGCAGAAGCUCUCCCUGUUGGAACCGAAAAUCACCAACACCAACAAAAACGAUUUCCUUGGACUGUACUAUGAAGUAGAUAAGGAAGCAAGUGAGCAAGAAAAGAUAAGGUGUGCAGUCCAGUUGGAUGUAAUGGGAGAUACCAAUCUUGCUUAAAACAGUAAAGUACAGGACGAGACAUGGUUGGAUUGCUCUAUAGAUAUAUUGUAUGAGGACCAGAUGAGUUUCUAAGUGCCAUAUUGUACCUGUUUUGUACACGGCUUACAUUUGUAUUGCUUCAGUCCAGUGUUUUGCCACAAAAGGCAAAAGUAAGUGUACAUAUGAUCUUGUAUGAGGACUAGACAUGAGUUUCUAAGUGCCAUAUUGUACCUGUUUUGUACACGGCUUACAUUUGUAUGGCUUCAGUCCAGUGUUUUGCCACAAAAGGUAAAAGUAAGUGUACAUAUGAUCUUGUAUGAGGACUAGACAUGAGUUUCUAAGUGCCAUAUUGUACCUGUUUUGUACACG